GAAGGCCUUCGUUGUGGCUGAAGAAUUAAAUUAAUUACAACGGCAGAAUGCUGUUGUGUCCCGUCUGUCCACAUGAUGUGCAUACACUGUGAAGAGCCCUGUCCGGAACAUGCAGCCCUGGAAUUUCGGAUCUUCCAGUACAAAGUCAAGAUGCUGGGUAGAUCUGCUAAAUCGUGGCUUCACAAUAUCGCACGGCCAGUGAAAAAGGAAAACGAAGAGACAAAGAAGUGGCCCUCUGUGAUUCUUAACAAUCACAGGGAGAAGAUACUAGCUGAGUUGGAUGUCAAUAAAGUCCUUUCCUACCUCGUUUAUGAAAAAGUUUUCUCCUUGGAGGAAUAUAAAGACAUCUUGACUCAAGAGAGCAAUGAGAAGAGGGCAGAAUCUUUUCUGGAUAAGCUAGUCGUGAAAGGGCCAAGUGCUUUCUGCGCUUUUUGUUCUGUUUUGGAAGAAAUCUCACCCCAUUUGCUUUCAGGAUUCCUUCCUGACUGUAAAGGUAAGAAGAGAAAUUAUUAUGUAAAAUAAAAUAUUGAGGAGCAAUGGGACUCGAAAUACUAACUGGACCAUAACGUUACAUUCUAGAGAGUUGAGUUCUGGUGGACUUAAUUUAGUCGAUUUAAUUAUAGUAAUAAAAGAUUUGUAGUGAGGAAUAUCUGUAAUAUAUGCAUUAGAUGAUUGAAUUAGCAUAUAUUCUAUAUAACAUACUCAUAGUCAUAUCUAUCUAUACCAUUAGUGGUAUAAUGUGAGCCCAACGUAAGUUUACAAACAGGGUUGCUAUAGAUAAAGUAGAACCUUCUCUGAUUCACAGAUCAUUCAUCACCACUGCUUCUCUGGAUAAUGAAUGGGUUUAUUUAAAAAUAUAUAUGUUUUCGAGAACAAAAAUGUGUGUAUUUAUGGGAGGGAUAAAAGAGAGACAUGGGAAGCAAUAAGGUAAGAAUGCUUAAAACAUAAUCACGAGAGUCCAGCCAGAAUGAUUUGAAAUUCAACCUAAUGAAAAGGUUAAUAUAAUUAAUAGUAUAAUGCAAGUCAGUAACAAGGAAAAAUAGGCUAAGGACACAUGCAACGUGAAUUGAUAGUAAAAUUCCAUUGUUCAUAUAUUUUGACGUGUUAUACUUUUAUUUUAUUUUUUUACAGUACAGGUUUGUAUGCAAAGUUCCCAUUAAAUAACAUUGGUAAGAAGCAGGAAAGUAUGUAUUGUCGCAUUUUCACUGGGAGAGAGAAUGAAGAGAGGAGAACCUUAUUUAAAAAUAAAAAAAAGCUCUGUAUGGUAACAUAAAAAGAUUGACUUUUAGCGAGUGUGUGUGGUUAAAUGUGGCAAAUAUGUGCAAUAACUGAAUGUGUUGGCGUUUAAUCAUUAUGUGCUCAGAAUUACGUGUCCCAUAUUGCUAUUGUCUACACUCCAUUAAUAUAAUCUUCUAAUCUUCUGUUACAGUUACUCUAAUAUCUUUAUGCAUGUGUACAUUGGUUAGAUUAACAAAAUCCAUCUGGAUGACAGUAUUAGCAGGCAUAUAUUACACCAAAUAACUAGGAUAUAUCAUGUGCUAUCAUCUCUUUCUAUAUAAUUGAUAUACAUAUACAGUAUGAUGGAGUCACUAAAGUUGUUUAUUUUUUAAUGAAUAUGUUAUGCAGUCACACAUUUGUUUCUUCCUGUUUGUUGCGUGUUGUAUGCCUCCAUCAAGGGCGAAAAUUUCUGCUUGCCACUAGUGUUUGACAAAUAAAAAUGUAUCCCUAGAAUGGCGAAAUUCACCCCUGUGCCAUGGACUCUCCAGGAUUGCAGUAUCAAUAAUGUUUAGUGUCUAGCAGCAUAGGACAAGGAUGUACAUUCUAAUAAAAUGGAACAAAAUUUUUAGCAUGGUAUGACAUUAUGCCCAGUGUGGAGCACUUUAAUUGCGCUUCAAUAACUUGUUUUAUCUGUCAACUAAUAACACCAGUUGUCACCAGUCUCUGAAUAUACGUGUUUGAAAAUCAUAAAGUGAUGAUCUGGUGUGUGCAGAUCUGUGUUUAUUAAUGAAUUGACUAUCCACGGUUUUCCAAAAUUAAAGAACUAGAUUGAAUAAAAUAUACUAUGUGUUGUAAUUUGCCCAAACGAGCGAUAGAUGGCGCUGCUGCCUUACAUAAAGUUUACAGCUUUUUCUUCACUAAAACUGUAGACCAAAAAUCCGAAUUCAUUUAAAUGCUUUAAUCCCGUGGUAGACAGGAAUGACUGCUCUCUAAGAAAAAUAUUGAUGUGUUGGUUUUAUUGCAAAUAUACAGCUAAAAAUAGACAGCAGCAAAGUUAAAUCUAGACCAAUCCUCUUUAGAACUGGCCAACCUAAAUCUAUUUGGGAUCUGAUAUCCACGGGUCCGUAACAUGCAGCAGGUGACGGUGGGUUUGGAGUCUAUGGAAUGGUAAAGAUACUCUUCUGGCAUUCUUAGGGAAAUACAGGGAAAUUUUAAGUUUUCCUCAAUUAGCAUGUAAAAAUAUUACAAUUUAAUCAUUAAAAAUAUGUCAAUGGUAGGGUAUACUACAUCAGGCCUGCAACCUGUAUGUGUUUUGCAGUCCUAAGCACUUAAAGAGAUGCAGUAGGCACUGUAACUGCCUCGUCUCAUGGAAGUGGGGACAGUGGGAAUUGGGAAGCACACUGAUUAGUGUGCGAACACGUGAUCAAUAAUUGAUUAUAAAUAAGUGUACUUACUUAAACUGUAUGUAAUGUAUUGAUAUGUCCCAUUUCUGAGUGUAGCUAUCUCAAGAUGUGAGCUUUAUUUUAGACAUACUGAAUUAUUUAAGUCUUAAUCGUGUGCAGUAGUAAAUAUCUCAGGCAACACAAGACUAAUCAUUCUGCGGUCUCCAUAGAUACAAAACUUGGUAGUAACUAAGGGAUAUCAUAGUGCAGUGCUAUUUGCGUUCCGUGUUUAGUAACCAUAGAAAUCAUAACUAACUUCCAAAACGUGAGCAGGGCACGGAGAAAAGCACAUUAACUGAUAGUGUGAGAAUAGUGGAUUUCAUAAAUGAGUAUAUAUAGGAAUGCAACAUUCUGGUAAUUGUGGCUGUGCAAGCUACUCAUGGGUUAAUUUAGAUACGUGAAUAAUUGGAAUUAUUAGAAGACCUUGAAAGGUCCAUUAAGGAUGGACAAGAACAUUAUUUUUUUUGUUUUGGAAACUUAAUCUAGAAAGAAGGAAAGUAUCGAGAAAUAAUAAUUAAUGAUUCAUGAGUAAUGGGAAAGAGAUUAAUUUUGUGAAACCUAGUGAGUGCAUGUUUUUGCAGAAACCUUUACCCAUGCUAAGUGCCAUAGAAACACAGAGAGGGUUAUUUACUAAUGUGAGAAUUGUCAGGAAUUCAAAGUGAAUUUUAGAUUUUAGACCAAAUUAGUGGAAAUGGAAGGCGAGCGGACUUGGAGAUUUAUUCCAAUUCAUCUAUUUUUGCCUUAAAUUUGAAAUUCACAUUGAAAUUACUCUGAUUUACAAACAAUUCUAACUUAGUACAGAACACUUUGUGUGGUAAUGUGGACAAUGUGUCAUUCAAUGACGGUGUGAAGAACGCCCCUUUGUCUGGACAUUCGCCACGGGCUCCUGGAGGAGUGUGGAGGCUAGCCUCUUGCCUACUGACUAUGGGCCAUAGAAAAGGCUGGUAAAAAGACUUGGUUCGUGGGAUGUAUUUGUACCUUUCGGGAACCAAACAAGCGCAAAAACCAGGGACCACCCGGGAGCUUUUUAACCCCUAUUAACACCUUGGAACGGUUCUUACCUCAGUGUUCUAAUUGUUCGUCUGGGUGGCCGCAAUUUGUAUGAAUGACCACGAGGUGGCAUGAAUGCAGGCAGCGGUGUUUGGUCGUCGAGUUCAUGGAACUAUAAUCAGACACUGAAACUCCCGAACAACGCUGGAUUUCCAUCAUCUUCUAUACAUCCUAGAAGAACACUGUUCGGUGGAAUCGUUCAUCUGGAUGAGGGAAAUAGGCUCCAUGGUUCAAAUAGAGACUGUGUUCGAUAUUUUAUUAAUUUUUAUGUUACCAAAAUUGACUGACCGCUAGCCCUGAUUGUAUGGAACUGUUUUGGGCAUAGGACCAUGUGUGCAGGCGGUCAAAUACUUGACUUCCAUGGAAAUCUCGACCCUUGAACCGAUAUAGGUGACUUUUGGAUAUGUUGGUCACCCAGAUCGGGUCUAUCAGAGGAUGUAACUUUUGUGGGGUUUUCAUGUGUUUUGAAGGUCCUUUUGGGAUGUUUGUAAAUUAUGUGUUUUUCUGUGCCUGGAGAUAAUUGAGUUUGUACAGUUCCUGACUCAAUUAUCUCCCAGGCACAGGGGAGGGAUUACCCUGUUUUGUGUGGGAGUGGUAUGGGCGUGUUUUCUGUGUCCCUGUACUGCAAUAAAGCAGACCAUUGAGUCUGGAUUAAACAGAUAAUUUUACCCCUUCAUGAACUCUAGGCUCAUAUUUUCCUGACCCUAUAGUGCCCUGAGGGUCCCCCUCCCGUGGCGCUGAAGGGGUUAAAACCCCUUCAGUUACUUACUUUAAUCCAGUGCUGGGCUCCCUCGGCACUGGUGACCUCUCCUCCCCGUCCGACGUCAGCUCCCCUGUCCGACGUUUCAAUGCUUUCCUAUGGACGCUCUGCGCGAUGGAUGCAAAAUUUGGAAGACAGCCACUAGAGGCUGGAUUAACCCCAAAUGUAAACAUAGCACUUGAGCUGAAGUGGUCUGGGUGACUAUAGUGUCCCUUUAAAUUUACAGAACAGGAGAUGGAUCCUCUAUAGCUAGCAUAAUGGAAACAAUGUGGCAGUUUGUGUCAUAUGCUAUGUAGUAAAAUACUGUAGUAGAAUAUUAGACACAACAUGCUAUACUUUAGAACUCAUUAUUUUAUAGAAUAAGCUAUAGGCACAAAGUAUUUAGACUCCAGAGAUAAUGCACUUUUAAUCAUAUAAUAGGUAGUGAAUUUAACACAGAAUGGAGAUCAAUGUCCAGUCAUGAUUAUUUGUCAUAGGAGAUAAAUAAAUGCCAACAAUCAUAAACCUUCCCUAACCCUACCCCUACCCCUAACCCUACCCCAUCCCUAACCCUACCUUCAACCCUACCCCCAACCCUAACCUUACCCCUAACCCUACCCCAACCCUAACCCUACCUUUAACCCUAUCCCCUAAGGGGUAGGGUUAGAUUCCUGUCAUCAUUUCCUUAAUUUUCCCUCCCUCUCCUGUUUUACCACUUUUCAGAAAUCCAAAGCACUUCGGCACUUCGGCAAUUCGGUUAGGCACUUCUGAAAUUCGGUAAUUCGGUUCGGUUCGGCACUUCGGAAAUUUGGCAUUUCGGAAAUUUGGCAAUUCAGCAUUUCGGCAAUUCGGACAUUCGGAAGCAUCUUGAAUGUCCGAAUUGCAAAAAAUUUUCCGAAUUUAAAUUCGGAUCGAAACAAAUUGUACAUGUCUAUUAUUAACUACAGUAUUUUUACUACAUAGCAUAGCACAAACGGCAACAUUGUUUCUGUUUACAACACUCUCUGGAUCUGGUGUUUUUUUUAUUUCUACUUUACUGAGAACUUAAAGGGAUACUAUAGUCACUAAAACAUCUUUAGCUUAAUGAAGCAGCUUGUGUGUAUAGAUCAUACCUCUGAAGUCUCACCUCUCAAAUAUCAGCCAAAAAUUAUUUUAUAUUUUAUAUUAUCAUCUAUUUUAUAAACUUAUUGCUUAUUACAAUUUUUUUACUGUAGUAUAAUUGAUAUCUCCUAUAUCAUCAGAUCCUGGUCUUACAUCCAGUUUUUAUGGCUCUGCUUUUGUUUGUAUGUACACUGAACAAAAUUAUAAAUGCAACACAUUUUAGAGUGGCCUUUUAUUGUGGCCAGCCUAAGGCACACCUGUGCAAUAAUCAUGCUGUCUAAUUAGCAUCCUGAUAUGCCUCACCUGUGAGAUGGAUGGAUUAUCUCAGCAAAGGAGAAGUGCACACUAACACAGAUUUGGACAGAUUGGUGAACAAUAUUUGAGAGAAAUAGGCCUUUUGUGUACAUAGAAAAAGUCUUAGAUCUUUGAGUUCAGCUCAUGAAAAAUGAGGGCAGAAACAAAAGUGUAACGUUUAUAAUUUUGUUCAGUGUAUAAAAAGUGUUGUGUUCUAAAAAGUGGUCUAAAGUACUUAAUAUUUUAAAGAACUAUAAAAAUGAAUAUAUUUUCUUUUAUUAUUUUGGGUCAGUUAUAUUUGUAAGUUUUUAAAUUUUGUUAUUUUUUAUUCAUUCAUGAUCUAUUCAAUGCAUUAAAAAGUGUUCAAUUCCAGGUGGAAUGUAAUCUUUUAAUUUUGAUGAAAUAUAUAUAUAUAUAUAUAUAUAUAUAUAUAUGUUUUAUUAGAAACCACAGACACCAAGUAAACGGGUGGGACAGAUUCAGUUCAGUGACAUCUUCCUGAGCUUUUGGGCUUCCUUCUUGCUUAAAAUUGUUAACGUGGUCUAGGAAGGCCUUCAAAAACUAUCUUUCAGAUAACGAAUUUCACUUUGUUUAAUCACAUCUCUCGCUCGGAUAUUCAUAUUCAACCUGACAUUAAUUUACCCUGGUGUCACAAUGAUUUCAUAAGAGAUUUUUUUUUCCCCAUACAGCCGUAGCUGCUGAACACAAAGCCAUCAGCACAAUGCACUGUCUUUAGAGUGAGGCAUCACAUCAGACCGCACAAAACCUCUUAAUGCAUGUGAGAUUCUAAAGAGCAAUUCUUGUUGUUCUCCAGAUCAGAUGCACAAAGCCUUACCAGACUUCUUGACAGAAGACAAGAGGAUGAGGCCUGCUUUUGAGCUGCAGGGACAUGACGAAACCGAGUGCAAUGACAUGGAAGGCAGUCCUGAUUUGGAGGAUCCAAUGCAAGAAUCGUUAGAGGAAUACAGGUCAAUCAUUAAAUGUUUGUCUAUCUCUUCAUUUUUAUAAUAUAUAUAUGUAGCUGUAUGUAUGUUUAAAUCAUUUGAGAGGGGUGUAGAACUGCGAACUAAUAGAUGCUGUUGGUCUACAACUUCCAUAAUGAUCUGCAAGCCAGUGGUGGGCAUGGAACUAUGGAUUUGUAGUUCGGUAAUAUAUGGGACUGGGCCACAGUUUAACAUCCAUGUUGUAUUGCAGCCUGGUACUUUGUAAAAUGUAUUCAGGGCCGGCGCUACCUGUUAG